AUGCGACCUAGGGUGACUACAUUUCUUAUCCGCAAUCGUAAUUAUGCUAAUUUUCAACAUCAGACCGUCGACUUGAUACACGCCAAGACGCCUCGAAGCCUGAUAUUCGCCUUGACGCCGGAGGCUCAACUUUUGCUAAGUUUACUUCUCCAUCUGCUUACUGAGGUGGGCAGCCAUUGUGACAAGAAUUGCAUGUCGCCGUACUCUCUGGCCGUCUGUUGGGCGCCCAAUCUGGUUCCAGACUCCAGCGAGCCCGCCGAUGUGAGGUUGAUCGAAUGGCUGAUCUCGCAUGCCAGAUUAUUGCUUCGAGUCCCGGCCCAGUGGACCAAGACGCUCAAACCUGAGGUUGAAUCGCUCAACACAACCGCCGACAACACAUCCACCACGUCAGUACUGGCCAGCUCAGGCGUGCCAAUAGAGACUGGACUUUAUGACGAUUACGAAGAAAUUGACCUUGACGACGACGACGACAAUUACAGAGAGCAGGAGGGUCAGACACGAAAGCGUGAGAAGGUGAGAAGAAGGAGCCACCACCUCGGAAUAACUCUCAACUCCUCACCGUAUGCACCUCGAAUGGGAUCCAAUAGUGAGGGUGCUUGGUUUGCGCACCAUAUCAACCCCACGGUUGGCUCUGAAGGGGCUGGCAACUGGGCGACGCCGGCCAUGAUGAGUAGUGGUGAUAGUAGUGUCAGUAAUAGCAACAGCAAAAUAGGCCGUAAUUGCAUUGGCUUCCCCUUCCAGCCGUCAGAAGAAGCUUUUCCGACAGCGGCCUGGCGGCCUCUGCUGCGCAAGAUGAGUACAGCGCCCAGUAGAUCGUCCUGCCUGUCGGCCGACCUCAUCAAUCUGAGGCAGAUCUCGGAGGCGGCCGACAAGAGGUGGAAGAUUCUGUUGGCCAACUGCAACCUGCCCUGUCUGUUGCUGCUCGCCAGACUGCGGUCACUCUGCCAACUGGGCCUUACCUCCAACACUCUCAUCGGUACCGCAGACUCGAGCCAUACGGGCCUCGUCGCCGACGGUCCGACUCCACCGACCACUUGGUUGGACCAAUUGGGCUGGUCGGCGCAGCGAGGCUCGGCCCCAAGGACCGUCCACAUCAGUCGCCAAUUGCACGCGCCAGCGGAUGAGUUGGCGUCGUCCCGUGAAUUCCGCGGCAAAGAUGCUGCAGCCGAGUCGGAGGACGAGGAGGAGGAUGAAGAAGAUGAAGAGGAACAGCAAGAGGAGAUGGGAUUCGUCGACUUUUCCACGUACUCCUGGUUCUCAGACAUCGCAUUCAUGACGGCUAUGGAGCAGGCGAAAGCAGGUACACCA